CUUCCUCAGAUGAUGGAGCCACUUCUGUUCCUGUUGGCCUUUCACCUGUUUCCUGGAAUUAUAGCAGAGGAGAUCAUUGGAGGUCAUGAAGCACAGCCUCAUACACGUCCAUACAUGGUGAUUGUUGUGUUAUUUCAAGAUGGCGAGUGGAAAAGAUGUGGUGGUUUCCUUGUGGAAGAAGAUAUUGUCCUGACAGCAGCUCACUGCUGGGGAAGCCCCAUGGAUGUAUUCUUGGGGGUCCAUGACAUUUUGUUGGAAGAAAACACAUGGCAGAAUAUUGAUGUGAAAAAAGCCAUCCCCCACCCUAAGUAUAGCAAUAAGACUGAUAAUAAUGACAUCAUGAUACUACAGCUGGACACAAAGGCCCAACUGACUGCAGCUGUGGGCCUAAUCCGCCUGCCUGGAGAAAGUGACCAUGUGAGGCCUGGGCAGGUGUGCAGUGUGGCUGGCUGGGGCAAUAUCUCUGACAGUGAAAUAACAAGCAAGCUGCAUGAGGUGGAUCUUGUCAUUCAGGAGCACUUCCAGUGUGAGCGCCACAUGCUGAACUAUGACAGGACCACUGAGCUGUGCGUGGGAGACCCUCAGAAAAAGAUGUGUUCCUCUGAGAACUUUAUCAGCGGGCGACUAACUGCAUUGGACGUCCGCCUCUACAGGGUCACUUGUCAACCAUUUCAGCCCAGCUCUAUGAAUGUCAUCUUGGGGGCCAAUGACAUUAAGUUGCAGGAAAAGACGCAGCAGAAAAUUCCUGAGAAAGAAGUCAUCCAUUACCCAAUGGCAUUGUGUUACCACAGGUGA